AUGACAGCAACGCGCAGCCCGCGCACCGCUCAUCCGCGGCCACCCCGGUGGCCUCCGCGGCGCCUCCGCCGCUACUCCGGACCGGCCUUCGCGCCGGCGCCUCGCGGACCGAGGAAGGCUUCCUUCGGGCGCAGCCGCUACCUCUGGACAACCCCCCCCAAGACCUUCCGGUGCAGCCCCGCCCUCCCGGGGUCUCGAAAAGCCGUGAGACCCCCGAGCCUUGAGGCGAGCAGCUCAGCAGGGUCAGGGACGGCCAGCCGGGUGGCACCAGCCGGGCUCGGCGUCGGUCCGUCUGCUCGGCACCCAAAAAGCGGCCAGCCGCUGAACGCCAGAAGGAACGCGCGGAGUUCCCGGUCGGCAGCCCGCCUUCUCUUCCCCUCUCCUGUCUCCGCGCCCCCCCUCGCCCUGGACCUCCAACCAGGCCUCCGCCCGUGCGAGAGCGGGGUAUCAGGGUCCUGCGCGCCCGGCCCUCCCCUCCCCUCCCCUCCCCGGGAUGGCUCCACCCAAGCAAACGCCUCCGCCCGCGCGGGCGGCCCAGGCCAGCCCCGCCCUUCCGCGGAAGAGGGACCGGGGCCGCCCGCCGCCUGGCGCCAUUUCUGGGAGGCCGCGGCGAGGCCCAGCGCUGCUCUCGAGGCGUCCCGGGCGCGGGGGGCGGCCGGGGGCGCCCUUCCGCCCCCAGCCUCGGCCAUGGGCGCACGGAGGGCCGCUGCGGCGGGGCUGCUCUGCCUCCUGUGGCACCUUGCGUUUUCAAAGAAUGGCCAGCCAAGCUGCCACACAGAUUUUGCCACCGAACUGUUUUGUCGCUGGGAGGUGGAUGCCAUCACCAACUGCACCACAGAAUUUAAACUACUCUACCAGGCAAUUUCUGUAAUGCCAUCACCGAAAUGUGUCCUGGAGAAUGAGCAAGGCCCAGGUGCUUCCUUCCACUGCAUUUGCAUCAUUCCAGGGGGGCACUACAGACAAAUCUUGUAUAGCUUAGUGCUGGCCAAGAGGAAGAGCGGUGCUGAGGACUGGAAUGUGACACAGGAUAUGGUUUUGAUUGUGAAGCCCAGGCCCCUGAUAAACCUGACGGUUGAGAAGAAGAGAGACCACUCAUUCAGCCUUACCUGGAAGAGGGAUUAUGACUCAGGGAAUAGCCUUUACAAUGCUGUAGCGAAGUAUGAAGUUGCCUAUUGGCCCAAAGACCUUAAAGAAAAGGAAAUCAUUGUUCCAGAGACCUCAUCACAUCAUACAAUCUUUGCUGAUGAUCUCCUUUCAGGAUCUACCUAUGAAGCAAGUGUGCGCUAUAGAUUGACACUAUGGGGGGAAACCUGGAGUGAGUGGAGUGCUACAUGUGAAUGGCUCAAUGAUUUUGAUCGCAGAACUGAAAAGGAUUCCUGGACAUUUAUUCCUUGGUUGUGUAUAUUGGUCAUCGCUCUCAUUCUCUCCUGCUACCUCUGUUUCCUUUGGGUGAAGAAGAAGUGGUGGGAUGGGAUCCCAAGUCCUGCCAAAAGCAAAAUGGUGGAGGAUAUGACAGUGAGAAAAUUGUUUUCAGUUUUCGGCAAGAUGGAAUGCAAAACAGUUCCCUGUGACUCCCGCAGACGACCGUUUCAGAGCAAAGAUGGUGCUGACCGCCCUCACCAGCCUAUGAGUGUGAAUUGGGAGCCCUUUCUAAUCCCUGAAGUCUCUUUGAUUGAAGCCUCUCUAACAACAUGCAGCAGUGCAGCAGAUGUCAAACGAGGAAGCCCGGAAGAGGAAGAGGAAGAAAUGGAUCACGUCCCGCACGAAGAUGCCCUGGCCAGUCUCUUCAGGGACCUCCUGCACGGUGCCCUGAACCCAGGGGAUCCUGCCCCCCCAGGAACCUCCACCAACAGCUGCACUGCUCCAGAGAAGCGUGACUCUCUGGAGGGCUUCCCCCAGCCCAUUUAUCAAGGCUGCCAAGUGGUGCCUGCGGCCUCGGUGGGCUCAGGGCCUGAGCUGUGUUUAGGGCAAGGCCCAUCCUCUCCCAAAGUACGAGCCAACUGGCUGCCCAGGCUGGAGAGUUCAUCAGUGGCUUCCUCCAGCACUGUCAUCCCUGGCAGAGCCAGUCCUCAGGCAGAAGACCGAUCAGGGAGCAACACUGCUGCCCCCUGUGCUGCUCCAGGCUAUAAGUCUUUCAGCAGCCUUGAUGCUCAGGCUGGGAGAAGCUUCAGCCAGGCUUGGAAGCUGUGGCUUUAUCUUCCUCAGGGAGACCAGAGCCAGGCACAGGGCAGCGCAGGGCCCUGCCUUCUGCCUCUAGGCACAGAGCCAUCCCAGGCUGCUUCUGGAAGGUUCCCAGCAGGUCAAGACUCGUCCUUUUAUGGAGCAGCCACAGAAAUGUGGCUUUUACCUCCGCAGCAAGGAACGACCUUGCAAGCCUCUGCUCUGCAGGGCCCUGGAAAUCCAGGGAGCCUGCCUGGUCCAAAGGCCUCUCUUUUCUCUGGCUACCGCUCCUUCAGCUGUGCUCUUCAGAACAGCAUCUCCUCCCAGGAUUUCUGCUUGCAGCCCGGGUCCCCCUAUAAGCCUUUCCUCAGCUCAGCCCCCUUGGAUCCCAGUCUAGAGGUGGUGCAGGCUCUCGGAGGUGGCACAGCCUGGCCAAAUGCACCUUGGGGACGAGUGGGGACAGACCUUUGACAGGGAGAAGACUCCAGCACUCAAACGCUUUGCCAGAAAAGGGAGCAGGUGCCAGGUCCUAAGGACUUUCACACCCCUGAGAUGCUGAGCAGGGGGGAGGAGUGCCUCCAUCCAAGGCUCCACUUUGUGGCCUGUCGGAUGCACGGUCCUGCUCCCGUUUCACACCCGCUGAGCACAAUUGAGCUCUUGUGUGGAGAGGGUUUUUCUCAACGUCAAGACUCAACAGGGUUGGCUGAUGUCAGGAUGUAGCAUCCUUUCAGUAUAAGGGUAUAAGUGUACAGUGAUGGGUUUUGUAGUAUUAGUAUUAGCAGACUUGUGGCAUUUGGGUCUGGGAGAAAUAGGAUUGUUGAGUUGGCCUGUGUACCUUCAAGGUCAGGUGGCUGGCUUAUCCGUGCUUGUUAGCAAGGAAUUGCACUGGGGGGAGAGGACGGGUAGAUGUUAGAAAAGGAGUAGAGAACUCUUAGAAUGGAAUUUUACUGUUAGAAAGAAUUUGGCAGUUAAGGGGGGACUGAUAUAAAGGGAGAUUUAGCUGUUAGAUGGUGUAGGAAUGAAUGCAGCCUUUAGGGAGGGUUUAGAGAAAAAGGGGUUUUAUCACAGCAUUUGCGUGCACUUUCCUUCAGAC